AGUCAGUAAUAGAUAAAGAUGAUGAUAACCCGUCCAAACAGACGUGGGGACAGGUGAUAGGAAACUGGACUACGAACCCCUAACGCAUCCACGGCGUUCUCCACAAACGUCAUCGUAUCGUCUACAUCUUAUAUAUAUAUCCAUACAGAGACUUAUCAAGUUUUGUCUCUCUUAUAGCCGAACAAAGAUCUGUGGAUAGCGCUCUUGCCUUUCAACAAGGCGGCCAAGUUUGAUUCCAGGAUCGGACCUGAAAAGGUUUCAUUUACUGCAGUUAGUUUAAAAUGGGAGAAAAGCUGUCAGACUCACAAUUACGAGAGGUAAAGGAGGCUUUCAGUCUGUUUGACAUGGAUGGGAAUGGCCGGGUGGCCACCAAGGAUCUGGGCUCCCUCGUCAGAUCCCUUGGGCUCAAUCCCUCUGAGGUGGAGGUUAGACAGAUGGCCAGGGAAGCAGACACGGAUGGUACUGGGAAGAUUGUGUACAGCGAGUUUGUAGCCAUGUUCACCAGACACGUCAACAAUGUGAGCACAGUGGAAGAGAUCGUUGACGCUUUUCGAGUGUUUGAUAAGGAAGGAAAUGGUUAUAUAAGUGCAGCAGAACUCAGACAUGUCAUGUUAAAUCUCGGUGAGAAAUUACACGAGGAGGAAGUGAAUGAUAUGAUUCGAGAGGCUGACAUCAGUGGUGAUGGACAUAUCAACUAUCAAGAAUUUGCGAAAGUAUUACUUGCCAAAUAAUGAACUACUACUACUCCAAAGCCUUUUUUUAGACAAUUUUUAUGACAAUUCAUUGAUUUGUUGUUACUGUAAUAAAAAGUGAAUACUCGCUUGUUCUGUAUUUCAACAAGUAUUUCAGGACACGACACUCGGGCAUCCAGAGAGAUCUUCACACACUAAAUUUGGCAGUGCGACAGGUUGUUAUUAAAUGAGACAUGCUUGGACAAAGUAACACAUUGUUGUCACAUUAAACAAAGAGCCAUAACUCUGUAUACAGUUGGGGGUGUGUUCUAAUUUUCAGUGCACAACACACAAUCCACCAUCCCAAGAGGUACUCACAAACAAAAUUUAGCAAAUAUUGGUGAAAAUAUGCCCCCGACAAAGUGACACACAGAUGACAGAUUGACUGGUGAAGGGAAGGCAAGUCUAAGGUCCUCUCUGUCUGAACCAGUGAUUAAUAAUUACCUCAUUGUAGCACAACCCUUCAGCUCUUUUUUUGAAAAAAUCCAGGCUCUGGCUGUAAGGAUGCUUCAAAUCAAAGCUUUCCAUGAAUGGUAAUCCUCUUUUAAUACAUAUGUUUUAGGAAAUAUUUAAUAAACAGUUGUGUUUAUAUAUUUGUAGUAAUUUAUCUUUGAACAAAGGCAUAUUAAAGUAUCAUUCAAAUUGGUGUAGUACUUGGAGAUGAGUAGCGCAAACAGUAUAUACAUAAGUAGAGGGAGGUAACUCCAUUUGGUAUACCUGAAGUAAGGGUUCUGAGUACCAAGUAUCAUUCAAACCGGAACAGUCCUUAAGGAGUAGUAUCAGUAACAAAGUGAUGUCUACACACAGAUGGACAGACAGAGAAGAUGGUGAUAGCUGGAACACAUAAUGGACUGAUAUAACCAGUGUGACAUUGUACACAUGUUUUUAAUAAAGACUGUUUAAAUUUGAUGUGCAACUAACUUAGUGAUGUUUAAUAAAGACUGUUUAAAAUUGAUGUGCAACUAACUUAGUGAUGUUUCAUAAAGACUGUUUGAAUUUGAUGUGC